AUGUUCUACCAGCCAGGCAUUUCCGAACACAACUUACCCCAUGACCCAUUCAAGGCAUGUGUGGUUCCUCGACCGAUCGGAUGGAUCUCCACGCAGAACAAACAAGGCCAAGCCAAUCUGGCCCCCUACUCGCAAUUCAAUAACCUGACCUUUGAUCCGCCAUACGUGAUGUUCUCAUCCAACCAGACGGUCAAUGGCUCGCGCAAAGACACCGUCACCAAUGCCGAGCAGACCGGCAAGUUUGUCUGGAACCUGGCAACCUGGGACCUGCGCGAAGCCGUCAAUAUCUCCGCCGAGCAAGUGCCGUACGGAGUGGACGAGUUCGAGCGUGCCAAGGUGACCAAGGAACCUGCCACGCUGAUGGAUGUUCCCAUGGUGUACGAGUCGCCCGUCAAGUUCGAGUGCGAGUAUCACUCCACCGUUCGUCUGCCUGGUAACCCGCCCAUGGGCACUGUGGACGUGGUGAUCGGCCGGGUGAUCGCCGUGCAUGUCAAGGAUGAGGUUUUGACGGACGGUAUCCUGGAUAUUCAAAAGACCAAGCCAAUUGCGCGCUGUGGAUAUCAUCAGUACACAGUGGUCGAGAAGACGUUUGACAUGGUAAUUCCGGGCAUGUCGGAUGAUGUGCUUUAUGGAUUAGAGGGAAAUGCGAGACGUAAUCGGGAGGCCGAAUCGCGGAACAAUCUGGAACAAUGA